AUGUUGAAAAGUAAUGAUGAACAAAAAAUUAAUUUAGUGAGUCUUGAUCAGACGUACAUAUGUUUUGAUGUGGAACAAUUGACAAAUGCAAAACAGGAAGUGAAAUUAAGACGCUGCAAAAAUGUUAAGGAUAAUAUUGUAUGGCGUAUGCGAACAAAUGUACCCACUCGAUAUCUCAUUAAUCCAUCCCGAGGUUUCAUUGAAAAUGAUGAACCUAUCACGCUAACAAUUGAAUUGAUAGAAAAUAAAUUUCAUCCAAAUCAUAAAUUAACACUUCAAGCGAUAGCAAUGAUCGAUGGAUGUAAUGAACGAACAAUUUGGAAGCAUCAAAAUACUAAAAAUUGCAAUAACAUACAAAUGAUACGAUUGAAAUUGAGUACAGUUUUGAUGAAUAUCGAAAUGUCCAAAUAUGAGGAAGAAAAUCUUACAAUGGAAGAAGAAAAUAUGAAAAAUGUUAUUGAGCAUAUCACAACUACCGGAUCAGGACGUAUCAUAGAAUUAGAAAAAAUGCUGCAUAAUUUGGAAGAGGAUUUUGAUAAUGUUAAAAGAAAUACUGAACGAACGAAACGUUUAAAAGUAAUCUUAGAACAAGCAUUAGAUUCACGUAAAUUAACUUUGAUUGAAUUAAAACGACGUUUAAUGGAAUGUGAUCAGGAAACGAAAAAAUUAAGGAAAGAACUUAAAGAGAAAGAGAUGAAAUUACGACUUGCACAACAAAUACAAACGAAUAAUUUAACUCAUCAAAUAUGUCGAAUUAUAUGA